GCUUGUGCUGUUUGUAGUGAAUGGGUCAGCUGCGCUUCGCGUACAAUCUGGUCUCCAGCAUUACCCAACUGUUCAGAAAAGGCAAGGACCGUGGUGGAGAGGUCCUGACACAUGGGCGAGCGGGGCAAUACAGAUAUUUUGGAGCUGUGAAAUAAAAUACCGGGGGAAGAACCGAGUGAAUUGUUACACAGCCCGGAUUGAUCUUCGCUGAAUCUGUGACCCCACCAGACUCUCCGCUGGCUUUCUCAUUAUUGACAGAUUGAUUGGAUCAGCUGUCUGUUAAACCCCGCAAUGAUCGAGGUUUACAUCCCGUCGCUGGAGAACAGAGCUGUUGACGGCUCUGGCAAAACGCGUACAGUAUUCCGGGUGGAAGUCCUGUUCAAUGGAAGAAAGCACUUUGUAGCGAAACAUUACAGCGAAUUCCACGCUCUUCAUAAAAAGCUGAAAAAGAUCCUCUUCACCCCAGACUUCCCUUCGAAGAGGAACCCGAACUUGAGACAGAAGCCAUCCCACCAGAGGAGGCAGGAGCUCGAGGACUACGUGCAGUAUGUUCUACGGUUCAAUAAAGAAGUUCUUAAGGAGAUGCUGGAUUUCCUGCAUGUGAAACAUUUCCAUUCUGUGAAUACAAGUUGUAGUCUCGAAUCCCUCAACGACUCUCAUUCAGAGAACUUCAGCUGCAGACUACUGCACCAGCGCGGUGUUGUUGGAUUCUCUAAAGAUCCCUACGUACUGGAGGAGAGCUCAGAUUUCUUUCCCAAUGUGAUUGCGGAUGGCGUUCUCCAGGGCUUGUAUCCCCGGGAUAUCUGAGUCAGUUUUACUCAGUGCACAGAAAGCUGGCCUCCGACAAAGACAGAGCCUGCAGCCUCUCCGCAAGCGGCCCGGAGCUAACCCUGGUGGUCAGAGACACUGUCACUGUGGGGUGGGGAGGGAGGCCGCAUUACUGCUGAAGCUUCUGAUUUCUGGCUGCAUCAUUCACUUUGGAAUAUUUAACAAUAAUUCAAUUAUUUUUUUUAUAAUGCCUGGUAUUUUUCAAUGUCAAUCUCCUCCUAGGUUAAUAAAGGUCCUAUUUUUUCUUAUA